AUGCCUAGCAAAACCAGAACCUACAACUGGUUCAUUGCCAUGGUAGCAGCGUCUUGUAUGACACUCUACGGCUUUGACUCCAGUGUUUUCAAUGCCCUCCAAGCUUCCGAAAACUGGCUCAACUGGUUUAACCUCGAUCUCAAGGAGGAUAGUUACACUGUCGGUCUCAUCAACACCUGCUACACAAUCGGCGCCAUCGUUAGUGGUUUCUUUAUUGGUGGUCCUCUGGCUGAUUGGCUUGGUCGACGUGCUGGUAUGGGAAUUGGAUGUUUCAUCACCAUUAUCGCAGCUAUUAUCCAGGCCUUUGCCCCUAAGGGCAAGCUUGGAGUCUUUAUCCUGGGCCGUGUCCUCAUCGGUAUUGGUCAGGGUACUGCUCUUACUGCCGGACCCGUGUAUAUCGGUGAAGUCUCGCCUGCUGAGAUUCGAGGUCAAGUCAUGACCUUCUGGCAACUUUUCUACUCGGUCGGUGCCUUCAUCGCCUACUGGAUCAACUAUGCUUGUGGAAAGAACCGUGAGAAGCUCGGAGAGUGGGACUGGCGCAUGGUUGUUAUCUUCCAGGUCCUCGUCCCUAUCAUCGUCAUCGUCUUGCUCCCAUUUCAGCCCGAGUCUCCCCGUUUCCUCAUCAAGAAGGGCAAAAUCGAUGACGCCCGAGCCGCCCUUCGCCGCAUCCGAGAUACCGAGGAAGAGGUCGAGGAAGAAGUCUUGGGUAUCCAAGCCGCUAUCGAGUACGAGAAGGAGGCAAUCAGCCCCGGAUACCGCGCACUCUUCAAGGACCCCUCUCUCAGAAAGCGUUUCGGCAUCGCUGUUGUUCUCAACGUCGGUCAGCAGCUCACCGGCCAAGGUACACUCAACACCUACUCUACCUCCAUCUACAAGCAAGUUUGGACCUCGACCGAGAAGAUCAACCUCAUCAACGCUUUGUGGGCCACUAUGGGUAUCCUAUUCACACUUAACGCCGUGUGGACUGCUGAUCGCUUUGGUCGUCGCUGGAUCUUCAUGGUUGGUGCCGUCGGUAUGGCUGUUUGCAUGUUGAUCGUUCCUAUCAUUGGUCUCGCUACUCCUACCCCCAAGACUGAACCCUCUGCUAUUGGUAUUGUUGUCAUGCUCUACCUCUUUAUCUUCUUCUACAAGCCUUCGUGGGGUGCUGGCGUCUGGAUGUGGACCAGUGAAGUCUUCUCUGCCAACGUCCGAACCCAGGCCGUCGGUAUGGCUUCCCAGUGCCAGAACGUGGCCAACACCAUCUUCCAGCAGUUCUUCCCUACUUUCCUUGCCAAGACUGGCCUCAAGUGCCUCUUCUUCUUCUUCGGCGUUAACAUCCUUCUCGCAAUCUUUGUCUUCUUCUGUGUUCCUGAGACCAAGGGUAUCGCACUUGAGCACAUGGACACUGUCUUCGGUGGUGUCGACCACUCCGAAAAGGGAGCCCAGAUGCUCGGUACUGAUGUUCCCCACCCUGAAACUCAGCAGUUCAAGGACGGUGCGGAGAUCCAGCAGAGCGAGAAGAAGCGCGAGUCUGUUUAG